CCACCCAACCCACCAAAUAUAUACGUACACACCCCUUGUAUAUAAUAUUAUAUAUAGAUACUGCGUACGACAUCUUUUCCUCCAAUCCUCGUCUCUUAAACAAGAUGGGAAGACUCGUGCUCAGAGCUCUGUUCUUCUCACUCUUCUUACUCUUCUCUUCCCUGCAAACAAACACAGCCUCAGAAGACUCCAACAACUCCACAAUUGCAGGUCGUAAAACUGGAGGAGGAGGAGGGUGCAAUAUCUUCAGAGGAAAAUGGGUGUACGAUGCAUCUUACCCACUCUAUGAUUUCUCAACUUGUCCAUUCUUGGACGAUGAAUUCAAUUGCCAGAAGUACAGAAGACCCGACACCCAAUACCUCAAAUACAGAUGGCAGCCUUUCUCCUGUAAUCUCCCAAGGUUUAAUGGGUUGGCGUUCUUGGAGAAGUUCAAGGGGAAGAAGAUCAUGUUUGUGGGUGACUCACUGAGUUUGAACAUGUGGGAAUCGCUGGGUUGCUUGAUUCAUUCAUGGGUGCCCAGGGCAAGGACAAGCAUGAUAAAGAAAGACGGGCUAGGAGAAAUAGUUUUCCUGGAUUAUGAUGUUCGAUUACUGCUGUAUCGCACGCCAUACCUGGUGGACAUGGUGAAAGAGAACGGUGGAAUAGUUUUGAAACUGGACUCCAUACAAAACGGCAACGCGUGGAGAGGAAUGGACGUCCUGAUUUUUAAUUCUUGGCAUUGGUGGACGCAUACCAAAAGUUCCCAGCCGUGGGAUUAUAUGCAAGAAGGAGGAAGAUCGUUCAAAGACAUGAACCGUUUGAUCGCUUACUAUAAAGGGAUGACCACUUGGGCACGAUGGGUUAACCUCAACAUUGACCCAUCCAAAACCAAAGUCUACUUCCAAGGAAUCUCCCCCACCCAUUAUGAGGGCAGGGAAUGGGGUGAGCCAUCAAAAUCGUGUAAAGGGGAAAGCCAGCCAUUCUUUGGGGUUGGGUACCCGGCGGGGACGCCGGCAGCAGCGGUGGUGAUGAACAAGGUGCUAAGCAGACUGAAGAAGCCAGUUUACUUGCUGGACAUCACCACACUAUCACAGUACAGAAAGGAUGGGCACCCCACUUAUUACAGCGACCACCACACCAUGGAUUGCAGCCAUUGGUGCCUCCCUGGCUUGCCAGAUACUUGGAACCUUCUCCUUUACACUACUCUAUUUAAUUAAUCAAUACAUAUAUAGGUCAUUUAUAUAUAUAUAGACGGACCACCACAAAAUCUUAGGUCGUCGUUAAGAUUCUUUGUUCAAGGAAGUGGAAUUGUUGGAUUGGUGAAUAACGGGAACUAACGGAGAUCACACUGCAAUUGUAAAGCCACAGGUCCACAUUAAUUGUUUCCGGGCAUGAGAGGUUGCCUGGGUUCAUGAAAUUGGUCUCGUUUGGUGUCUUUAUUUCUUUCUUGAUUUAUGUAGAUUUCACAUUAAUUAUUGAAAACUGUGAAGGUUUUUGAGGUUUUUU